AUGGCAGCGCCGGACACGGACAGCACCGACCCCGGCGCCGCCCGGCGCCCGCUCACCUGCCCGGACUGCUUGCAGACCUUCGCGCUGAGCGCGCACCUGCAGCGGCACCGCCGCGCCCACGCCGAGCGCCCGGACAGGCCCCUGAAGGGCCGAGCGCGCCGCCGCCGCCCCGCGCAGCGCCGGGCCGCGCCGCCGGGCGUCCCCAACACGUGCGGGGAGUGCUGGCAGAGCUUCGGGCAGAGCUCGGACCUGGUGAAGCACCUGCGCAUCCACACCGGCGAGAAGCCGUACGCCUGCGGGCACUGCGGCAAGCGCUUCAACGUCAGCUCCAACCUGAUCCGGCACCGCCGCAUCCACACCGGCGAGCGGCCCUACGGCUGCGCCGACUGCGGCAAGCGCUUCACCGACAAGUCGACGCUGACGCAGCACCGGCGCACGCACACCGGCGAGCGGCCCUACGCCUGCGGCCUCUGCGGCAAGAGCUUCAGCCGCAGCUCGCACCACAAGCGGCACCAGCGCACCCACGCCGCGGGCGCCGCGGGCGCCGGGGCGCUGCCGCCGCUCUGGGGGUGCCCCGGCCCGGCCUGCUGAGGGGCGCCGGGCGCGGCCAUUAAAGGAAUUUGGAAUAA